AUGGGUCAGGAUCCUCCUCGGCGGCCUUCGCAGCAAGGCUUCCAUAAUACCUUUGGGCAGGGUCGCAGUAUCAAGCGAGACUCGAUCCAAGGAGAUGGUCAACGAGCAUCAGGUGAUACUGCACCGAAUCCUAAGCGCAUUCGCACUGUCGAUCGACCUGAUGAACGGAGUCCUGUUGACCAACGCGAUCAUCUCGAAGGAUCCAGCCCAACGACGUUAGUCUCACAUAGACAACGCCAUCCCGACAACCCUAAACAACAUCCUUCGAGCCAGUUAUCCAAGGCGCUCACCAACCAUGUGCCGGGAAUCUCUUUCAAACCAGUGCUAGAUCUUAUUUUUGACAGAUUUGCAUGGUGCAAAAUCAAAAGCGAGGCCAAAAAGUCUCACAAUAGGGCAAUUCAAAGUCAAGCGCACAGUCAUUACCAUCCGUCAGACUACGGCAACUCUCCGGAGUUUAUGGCUGCUCAAGAGAAGCAGAAUCUCGAAGACAUGAAGAGGGCUGACAAAUACGUGGGAGAACUUGACGAAAAAAUCGCAUCAGCUAUACAGCCACUCAUACGGCACAUUUCAGAAGCUUGGGGCAAGAGCUCUGAUGUAUCAAACGCUUCGGAGGAGAAAGAGGCAUCAGAGGCCAAAAUAAACACCAUCCAAACAACCAUGAAGAAGGAGAUGGAGGAAUCGUUCAAGAAAGAGGUCGCAGAGUCGCAGCAAUUCAUCAAGGAGCUGGUCGGAUCGCAAAUGACCAAACUCAAGGAGGCGUUAGCUCAAGAAAACGAACAAAAGCUACACUCGCUUCAGAAGACGCUGGCCCAAGAGGGUGAAGACAGAGCAACCUCUCUCAGGAAGGCACUGAUACAAGAAAACGAGAAGCGAAUCGCAGAAAUGAAAGAAUCAAUCAACCGGGAACACAAAGCCAGAAUCGCAGCGCUCGAAAAUGCUUUGGCUAACGAAGCCAAGAAUAAGGACAGAAUUGCAGCUCUUGAACAGAGUCUGUCUAACGAAGCGAAGAACAAGGACAGAAUUGCAGCGCUCGAAAAGAGUCUGUCUAACGAAGCCAAGAACAAGGAGAGAAUUACAGCGCUCGAAAAGAGCCUGUCUGAGGAAGUUGGAAACAAAAACCGAAUUGCAGCGCUCGAGAAGAGUCUGGCUGGGGAAGUACGAAACAAAGAGAGAAUCGCAGCGCUUGAAAAGAGUCUGUCUGAAGCAGUUCGCAACAAAGACAGAAUCGCAGAACUCGAAAAGAGUCUGUCUGGGGAAGUACGAAACAAAGACAGAAUCGCUGAACUCGAAAAGAGUCUGUCCGAGCAAGUACGAAACAAAGAUAGAAUCGCAGAUCUCGAAAAGAGUUUGUCUGAACAAGCAAAUUACAAACAGAAAACUGCCGAGCUCGAAAAAACCCUGUCUGAACAAAGAGAAAAGAACUCUGGACUUCAAAAAAGGGUGGCCAUAGCGGAAGCCAGACUUGACAGGGCGGAAGCAGAUCAGCAGCUGCUGAUCAAGUCAUUGGUAGACCCUAAGCAGCUUACUGUGAUUAAGGAUCAGGUGUCGAGGCUAGAUGUCAGUCUUAGACAGGCAGUCUCAGCACAGCGACUACUCUCGGAAUCAUCAAUAAACAAGGCGCAGCUCUCUCAGCAGCUGCAACAGCUUUCACUCUCCCAAGAUGAUAAGUUUAGCAAGCAUGAGGCUCGCGUGAACGACCAUUCUACAAUAAUCAAGCGGCUGGAGGAACAACUAUGCGACCAUUCUAAACUCAUCACGGAAAACAAGCAGCAGAAAGACGCAGCUACUACACGACUCAGUUCGCUAGAAUCUUCUAUAUCCAACUUCUCGGCAGAGUGGGAAGAGAUGAAGAAGCGUGUAGAAAAGCUCAGUUCGGUUAGGUCCGCAUCUGUCCCCGAUAACAAAAUAUUGGAAGUCAUCAAACCCGAACUGGAUAAACUUGACAAAUACAUAAGGGAGAAUAUUGCAAAAAUCCAGAGCAGGCUCCAACCAUUCCUUGUGCAAGAAAGCCUGGCGCGAGAGACUCUGGAGGAACAAUUCGGCAAUAUUAGUCGCCAGGUAUCUGAGAUUGAAAAAGAGCAUGCCAUAAUAAAGGCAGGCGGCUUUGAGCUAAGGGAGCAAGUGAACAACCAGAACCGACUGAAUAUCCUGGAAGGGAGUCGGCUCGAGGAGAAACUCAACAGUCGAAUGAGUUUGCUCCUGGAUAAAUUCAGAUCGCAAAUGGAAGGUGUGUACAUGCAGGUGCAAUCUCUCAACGCGUGGCAGACCAACUUCAAUACCGCAGGCCUCUACGGGAACAUCAUAUCUCACAUUAACAAAACGAUUCCGGAAGGUCCAGGUACAGCGCCGCAAAUCGUGGCUCUCAAGCAACAGCUAAACGGCAUCGAGGCGCGCCUCGCAGCCUGGGAGAAUGCAAGCAACAAGAGGCGGAAGCUUCCCGGCGGAAACGUAAAGGUGGUUAAUGGCCGCCAAAUAGACGCGCAAUGA